AUGCCUUCCUUGAAACUCUUGCGGACUUUACGGUGCCUGGUAUUGCUGAUGUCCAUCUGGGCUCUACAGAGGUGGCCGCUUCCGUCUCCAGUCUGGGAGGUGGGAACUUCGACAAGCUCCACUGGCUCAUCAAGGAAGCGUUACGGGGUGAAACCGGUACUCUACUGGAGGCGGCCGUCACCACCGGUCUCCAGCUCUUCCUCUGCCGCCAGAACCACACCCACUGCGAUGCCGGCCAGGGACGUCGAGAGCAGCAAAAGGAAGGUUCCCUCCAGCCCUAAUCCCCUCCAUAAUCGUUAA